AUUCUCCGUUGAUCAUCAUGCCGGACGCCAGCCAUUCCGAUUUCGUUCCAUUUACAUUCAAAUGGCCGCAUUGGGGCUCAAAUGUAUCUAUAGCCGGAAGUUUUGACGACCCUUAUUCACCAUGGAGUCCAAUUCCCAUGACAAAAUCGGAUUCUUCAUCCAAUUUUGUUAUUACUCUUAAUUUAAAAUCAAGCACACCUUAUUAUUAUAAAUUUGUUGUUGAUGGCCAGUGGGUUUUGGAUAGUGAUGAGGAAGCUCACCCUGAUUCUGGUGGACACUACAAUCAUGUGGUUUGCGUUCCACCACCUCCAGUUAUGAAGUCUGAUAAUGAUCAAGAUGUGGUUCAAGGAACUAAUGGAACAAAAGAAGAGGAACAAGAAUGGCAAUUAGUACAUCCAGAAGAAACGUC